AAUUAGGUUCAUUUUUUGACAGUCGUGUGUGACGAUUUCCCGCGAAAAGUCACACGCCACAUGUUGCUGUCAGCAUCACAGUAUAUCGCUAAAAAAUACACACAUGUUUAUAGUACAUCAUGCGUACAUGCGUGAGAAAAAAGAAGAAGAAAUGCACGAUAAAUUCAAUAAUCUGGACGUAGACUACGGGAAGUUAUCGCUCAUUCAUAGAGAGAAAAGAUGCGAAGAGGAUUAAUAAUUUAUUUAGGGAAGUAACUUCAAUAAUUCGCUAAGCUAUGUUUGCGUAGUCGCCAGCGGGUAUUGUUAAUUUGACAGCGGUGUUAAUUUUGUGGCACAUUUACCUUUAAAAAAUCGUAUAGUUUCACUAAGUUGUUAGUUAUAUGAGUUAAACAGUUUUUAGUGAAAGAGAAGUACUUUGUGCUAUAUUUUUCUGUUAAUAAUAUAUAAUGAAUUAUUUGGAUUUACGUGUUGAUAUUUGAUAACGUUGAUGAGUUUGAAACUACUACUGGACAUAAAUUGUAAUAUAAUUCCAUAACAACGGAUUGUUAAUAUUUGAUAGUGAAAUUGAAAAGGAAAUUAAAGUGAUUUUGUUUCAUUAUAAGAUGGAAAUUACCCAGUAUUACAAGUAAAUAGUUUCUGAUAAUUGAAGAGGCAACAAAGUGCUCUAAGAUGGAUGCAUUGAAAUCAUAUUUUACUAAAAUGAAGAUCCUGCCAGGACAAGGGCAAAAAUCGUGGCGCUUUAACCGAAAAGGGGUCGGUGCUAAAAAUGGUAAAGGAAAAUAUGGAAGAAGUAAAUCACAAAAUGAUGCUGGGUACGAAUCCCCCAGCAACAUGGACAUGUUAGAAGGCAAAGAAAACUUAGCGACGGUUUCUAAAACUGGUACACUUAUUGCUGGUGAACCAGUCAGAGAUUGUGCAAAAUCCCCACCGGCCAAACCUCCCCGUAGAGACCAAAUUUUUACGUUAGAUUUCAUAAUCCUCGAAGGUGACAAUUUUGGUCUUGAACUAGGAAACACUGCGGGACACACCUGCCUCACAGAUAGUGCAAUAGAUAGACUUAAAAUGGAGAGUAGUUUAUAUGAUUCAUUAGAUGAUAUGUCUUACAAUACCUUGUCACCAGUUAAGGUCAUUAACAUUGCUGAUGGCAGUAUUAUACAGGCAGAUGGUGGCAUUCAACUUUAUGAUGAAAUUAUUGACAUCAAUGGCCAAGCGGUUCAAGGGGAAUCUAUAAAGGGUGCUAGGCAUAUUCUCGAGGAGGCUGUUAAGACUGGUCGUGUUUCUAUCAAAGUUCGUAGAAAAAGAAAACGUCACGCCCCUAUUCCGCCACCUGCCACUAAUGGUUUACAUACUCAGUAUUCGUCCAGCUCAAGCUCAAACUUGAUAGAAAGAGAUGCGUUAACCAAUGGACAAAUUUUAUCACGGCAACCUCCAUUCACAAAAUCUGCAUCAUGCUUAGAAUCCGAUUUUUGUAAUAGUUACGGAAAUUCUUUGACGUUGAAUUCUUUGAAUAAUUCAAAAAUGAAUUUGGGUAAAAAAAAUGGACAAAAUGCAUCAGCGAUAGAAGAUUUAAAUCAACAGAAAUCCAACAAAUCGGGAUUGGAUUAUGUAAAUACUGUAGAAUUAGCUAAACAGUGUAAUUAUGGAGUACCGCCUUCAAGUGUAUACACAGACAGCUCGGAAACAGAACUGAGCCAGUAUCAGAGCGAUUCGGAAGUUCUGAUGUGUGAAAGUAUUUAUCGUCAACGAAAGGCAUCAAAGAACUCGGACUUGUUCCGACAAGCCAACAAUGCCACACCAACAAGCUUGUGGAGCUGUGACGGCUCAGAAUUUGACUUCAGCUGUGAGCCAUCUCCAUGCAUUGGCAAGAGGCGUAUGAUUAUAAAGCUGCAUUUAUUGAAGGAGAACAACAGUUUAGGAUUACAUAUUGCAGGCGGGAAAGGCUCCAAACGUGGUGAUAUUGGUAUUUUUGUGGCUGGUAUCUCAGAAAAUGGCCCAGCUUUCAGGGAUGGAAGAUUAAAAAGAGGUGACGAGUUGUUGAUGAUCAAUGGUAGAAGUUUGAUUGGUUUGUCUCACCAGGAAGCGGUUGACAUGUUACGUAAUGCUCCGAAACUAGUACAGCUUGUCAUAGCAGCAAAGGUUCGUAAGUCGUCAUCUCUGGCCUCGACAGCUUCAAAUUUUUCUACCUCGAUGAUGAUGCCGGCCACACCAGACACCCUUGGUACUCAAACUAUACCGGAAGUGAUGGCUCAAACACCGCAGGGAACCGUCGUCAACUGGGAAGAGUUAUUUGAUAAAUUCAGUAGGACAGCUUCCGAAGAUAAGCCCCCUAUUGCCCCAUCACCUGUCAACAAGUACAGAAAAAGGACCAAUCGUAGCCCGUCUCCGUCGCAAGCAGUUCCUGUUACCAUCACAGUUCACAAAGGUUUAAAUGGUAAAGGUCUUGGGUUCACAAUCGUUGGAGGGUGUGAUACAGCUAUAGGUCACCUUGGUAUCAUCGUGAGACGUAUUUUCUCGACUGGACUGAUAGCAGAAGAUGGAAGAAUUAAAGAAGGAGAUGAAAUAGUUGAACUGAAUGAUGAAACACUAGCCAACCUUACUCAUAAAGAAGUUAUACGGAAGUUCCGUCAGCUGAAGAAAGGACCAGUGAAAAUAACAUUCCGUAAGAGAUUGAGGUCUCCGCAUUGCAGCCCAGGCAGAGCGUCCUACCUCACAACAUCUACAUCAUGUGACGGGAGCCCAGUGUCAACGCCAGGUCACUCGCCACACAACAGUAUGACUGACCUUCAUGAACUCGAAGCCAUCUCCAUGGCAACAGACCACCAACCAGACCUCCACAAUGGAGAGCACAGACCGACUUUUUCCGUACCAGUGAAUAUACCUCGUCACAAAAUGUCUUCUGGUAACACAUCACUCGUGGAACGUCUGAGUCCCGACAAUAAACCAAAUGUUCAACAUGAGAUUCAGCUUUUAAAAGAUUGUGGUGUUGGACUUGGUAUAUCUGUGAUCAGGAAAACAUAUAAUGGUGAUAGUGAAAUACUUGUACAAGACAUAGCACAUGGUUCACCUGCACAUAAAGAUGGCAGACUGAGGAAAGGUGACAUGAUAAUGGAGGUUAAUGGACGACGGAUGACCAAUAUGACGUUACUCGACGCCUAUCAGUUAUUCCGGAAUCUCCAGGCAGGAACUGUGGAUAUCGUCAUUAAACGAAGGGAUUUUGUUCAGAUGAUACAGUUUGACUGGUCAGAAGAUUGCCUGAGUAGUUCCCCUUCUUCUGAUGAGAGUGAUGUCCCUUGUUCACCUGGAGGAUCAUGGGAAGAUAGAGAUCAUGUGACUAGUCUGCAAGCAGACGGCAGGGAGUUUGUUAUGAAGGAGCCAUUGAGAAAAAGAUUGUCAACAGUGUCUGAAGAAACUUCAUCAGUUGUUUUUGAUUCAUUUAAGAUAUAAACUAUAAAAAGACCUGUGAAACUAAACAAGUGUUAGGCCAAACAAAUCAAGUUUUGCCUCUGCACAUAAUGAAGAGAAAAAUUACGUUUACAGGCAUGCAGAUUUUGUAAGAAAUAAGUUGAUAUACACAUAAUGGUGAUGGUACAACACAAGUGUAACUAUCUUGGCAUUGAAAACAAGAAAAUUUAAAACUGUGCUACUAGGAACCAAUAUGUAAACAUAUGGAUUUUAUUUGUGACUUUCUUGAUAAAUUAUCAUUUAUAAUUAGUAAAAACAGCAGAAAUUUAAACUUUUAUUUCCAUGUUAGUUUUAAAUAUAAAAUAUUGCUAUCUCGCUGUUUUGAUACUAAAUUGUGUUGGUGUGCCGUAAAAACAAGCAAAACAAACACACUUUCAUUACGAUUUAUUUUGAUGACUCAUUUAAGUAUGUGGGUGGAUAAAACUGCAGCUUCAUUUUGUAAUGCUUGUUAAGUUAAUUAUGUAACAUAAGUUACAUUAAAUGAAGAAUUAGAUGUUGUAUAAAAUAUUUCAGUAAAGUCCAUUCCAGACAUUAUUUUCAGGGCAUUUAAAGAAUAAAAGAGCUUAUUUCGGCAUUAUAUACUUUUGGUCCAUCUUAACAAUUCAUCUAAGGGGCAUAUGUCCACUUUUGCAUUUCAUCGGAGGGAAAGGGGGAAAAAUGUCCAACUUAACAGUGUGGGCGUGGGUGGGGACAAAUGUCCAGUGAUAGUUUUAGACAUAAAGUGGAAGGGUGUACUGCAUGGGUCCAUAUAAUUAUAUGAACAUGUGUGAUGUGCAUUUUUUUGUGUCGCCUCUACGGAGUAGUGGCGACAUAUAGGGAUCACUUCUCCGUCGUCUGUCUGUCCGUCUGUCUGUCCGUCCGUCCGUCACAAAACUUGUCCGGACUACUCCUCAUUAACUACUGGUGCAAUUUCAUCCAAACUUUACAGGAAUGAUCAGUAUCAAGUCUAGUAGUGCAUAUUGUCAGGAUUUUCCGGUUCAAUGAUUUUUGUCAGAGUUAUGGCCCUUUAAUAAUUUUUAAUUUUAAAGUUUGUCCGGACUACUUCUCUUAUACCACUAAUGCAAUUUCAAUGAAACUUUACAGGAUUGAUCUGUAGCUCAAGUCCUUGCGCAUAUUGCACGGGUUUUCCGGUUGAAUGAUUUUUGGCCGAGUUAUGGCCCUUUGAUAAAAAGGUUUCUUUUUCUGUGUGUUGCCAGAUACACAAAAGCUUGUCCGGACUACUCCUCAUAAACUACUGGUGCAAUUUCAUCCAAACUUUACAGGAAUGAUCAGUACCAAGUCUAGUUGUGCAUAUUGUCAGCAUUUUCCGGUUCAAUGAUUCUUGUUUGAGUUAUGGCCCUUUAAUAAUUUUUAUUUUUAAAGUUUGUCCGGACUACUUCUCUUAUACCACUUAUGCAAUUUCAAUGAAACUUUACAGGAUUGAUCUGUAGCUCAAGUCCUUGCGCAUAUUGCACGGGUUUUCCGGUUGAAUGAUUUUUGGCCGAGUUAUGGCCCUUUGAUUAAAAAGGUGUUUUUUUCUGUGUGUUGCCAGAUACGCAAAAGCUUGUCCGGACUACUCCUCAUAAACUACUGGUGCAAUUUUAUCCAAAUUUUACAGGAAUGAUCAGUACAAAGUGGUUAGUCUAGUUGUGCACUGUCCGUCUGUCUGUCCGCCUGUCACAAAAUUUGUCCCAACAUGAAAUUGGCCAUCAUGAGGCGACACAUGUGAUUACUGAUCGCUCUUGUUAUUUCAUACAUGUAAGAAAAAUAAGAAAAAAAGGCAUUUAAACCUGAAAUUAAAAUUCUGGUACAUUAUAAUAUUCAAAUUAAACAGUGUUACAGUUCUUUUGUUUAUAUUUACUGUACUGUAGGCUUGGUAUGUAGCAUGUUUUCUGAUGCUUGUGUCACCUGUCACAUGAUGAUGAUGAUGAAUUAAUGUCGUUCUGUUGCAUUUUUACAUCACGUCAUACUGUUAAAUAGAAAUGAAAUAAAGGUAGGUGUACACGAGAAAUUUAUAUUUUACAUAAAGAAUUCUGCGGUUGUGUUAAAUUUGAAUUUUUGAAAUUUUAACUUCAAAUUUCAAGGCAAAAGAAAAUAACUAUGUCAUGAGUUUUGAUAUACACCUUUAUAACUUUUUUUAAGCUUAGAAAUUAAAAUUAUUUUUUUACAUAAUAGAUUUAUACUGCUACUGAAACCAGUUAACUAUUAUUUUUGCUCAGAUAUUUAUGUCAUAAUCAUACAUACAUGUUUAUUGGUCACAACAUUUUACUGUUAAAAAUUACGACAGAACAAUGUCACUCAUUAAGGUCAAAGGUCAAGUAAAUGGCAAAAAGUGACCUUCACCUUUCAUAUUUCUCUCUUGAAGAAAAAAAGGAGGGACCUUUGAUCAUCAAAUCUUUUUUUGAUUUGAAAUAAAACAGGGAUUAAUUUUACAAAUGAAGAACUUGUUUGUAUCAGUAAGGUCAAGGUAACCUUUGAAGGUCAAAUGUCAAGAUUCAGGAAUCAAAAUAUACUACACUGUAGUAAGAAUAGGGAACAAGAUUGUAGAAAUCUCAGAGUUUGUUUUGAUUUAACUAUGAUACCUCAUAUUAGGGAUCUCAAAAUGGACAAAUAGAAUGGUGUGCUUAAAGAUUGCAGUGAUCAUAUGUUAUCUAUUUUUAGAAUUCAUUUAUAUAUUGAUAUCUUACUAAAGUUGUAAGAAAUUGUAGUUGUUUUUCAAAAUAUGAUUUCAUUUAUGUCUAUAGCUUAAUUGCAUAUUGGAACUCGCUUCACAUUAAUACCAUAUCUAACAGAUAUGUCUGUCGAGUGCAAUAUUACAUGAUAUACCCUAAAAUUUCAAUAAGAAGCUGCAGCUUACUUUAAAUUUUGGUAGGAGAUUGGUGGCUUAUUUUUGAGGACAGCUUAUUUUCAAGGUCGAUAUAUUUUCGAGGUUAAAUGAAGUCUCCCCUGAUUUUAUUCUCUUGUCAUUUUAAAAACAUAGUCUGUUUCAGAAGCCGGCAUUUUAAUGUAUAUGAAAUAAGUAAACAUUCCUGUAUGCACAUAAUAAAAAAGGGAAAGCUUACACUAGGGCUGCAAUGA